CCCACCACCCACCCCGUCUCCACCCGGUUAUAUAGCAGGAACCCCCAACCAAAGUCCUGGUUCUGGAGAUUAAAGAACCCCUUCCCCAGCCCUGAGCCCACUGUCCUCCAAGAUGCUAGAGCCUUCUGUCAGAUGAUCACAAAACCAGAGCCCUGUUCUGCCUUGAGGUCCCCUGGUCCUGAUGAGCUCAGGGUCUGAUACCCCCGUACCCGGGCCCUAAGCCAAGCUCCACCCUUGCCCAGAAGCUGAAGCCCCUUCCACCCUCUUCUCGCAGAUUCUGCCCAGUAGGAUGAACUGGACUGCUGCCACAUGCUGGGCUCUGCUGCUGGCUGCCGCCUUCCUCUGUGACAGCUGUUUGGCAAAGGGCGGCCGGGGAGGAGCCCGAGGCAGUGCCCGUGGGGUCCGUGGAGGAGCGCGCGGGGCAUCAAGAGUGCGGGUAAGGCCGGCGCCCCGCUACGGAUCCUCUCUGCGUGUGGCGGCUGCAGGGGCAGCAGCAGGGGCUGCAGCGGGUGUGGCUGCCGGCCUUGCCACUGGCUCUGGCUGGAGGAGGACCUCAGGGCCUGGGGAGCUAGGCCUAGAGGACGAUGAGAACCGGGCAACCGGAGGCAAUGGGACCGACCGAGGAGUCUACAGCUACUGGGCCUGGACUUCCGGUUCGGGAUCCACGCCCAGUCCACAUGUUUGCCUGCUUCUGGGCGGCACCCUUGGAGCCCUGGAACUGUUUCGGUCCUAGACCAGGCUACGCUCCAUCCUAGGUCUAGCUCCUAGCCUGCGUCUUCAGGCCCUUAGGGCCCACCCCAAAGGUCUCCACCUCAGAGGAUCACUUCCUUUUGCUAUGAUUACCCAGGCCAGGGACGUUCUGGACCCAAAAGACCUCUUGCAGUUUGUGGACACUAUCUCCUCUCUUGCCCAUCCCAGUCUCCCAAUCUUCCACCGUGACAGGAACUAACAGCUCUACUGCCAGAGAGACAGACUGCCCUCGACUCUCCAGAGCUGCCCAAGACAAAGUACUAGACCCUGCCUGUCUGCUUGCCCACCCUGACACGACAACAGGAACACUGCUGCCCACCAGGAAGAGCCCA